AUGGCGGCGCCAACUGAAUCCGUCCAGUGCUUCGGCCGCAAGAAAACCGCAGUCGCGGUCACCCACUGCAAGCGCGGCCGCGGCCUGAUCAAGAUCAACGGUGUACCGAUCGAGCUUAUCCAGCCUGAGAUCCUCCGCUACAAGGUGUUCGAGCCGAUCCUCCUCCUCGGCCGCCACCGCUUCGCCGGCGUUGACAUGCGCAUCCGCGUGAAGGGCGGCGGUCACACCUCCCAGAUCUACGCCAUCCGCCAGUCCAUCUCGAAGGCCCUCGUCGCCUUCUACCAGAAGUACGUCGACGAGCAGUCGAAGAAGGAGAUUAAGGACAUCCUCGUGAGGUACGACAGGACCCUUCUGGUGGCCGACCCGAGACGCUGCGAGCCGAAGAAGUUUGGUGGGCGUGGUGCUCGCGCGAGGUUCCAGAAAUCCUACCGUUGA